AUGUCAGCCCAGGGAGUGGCAGUGCUGCUGUCGUGGAUGAGCUGCUGCGGCUCCGCUCUGUGGAGGUAUUACACUAACAGCCCAAACUACCACAUUUUUAGUACCAGAAGUACGAUUAAGUUAGAGUAUGAAGGAACAGCAUUUUCUGAGUGGAGUGUGCCAGCAACUUGUUCUGUGAAAAAUAAAAAAUCACCCAAGACAGAACUGCGAUGCUCAUCUCCUGGGGUUCACACUAUAAAGCCAAUUGUUACAGGCCCAGAUCUAGAAGAAGAACGCUAUUUAUCUGUGGACAGUUCUCAUACUUGCUUUCUGUGGUAUUAUAAAGUUAGAAAUUUCAUUCACAAUUUAACCCAGGUUCUCACUAUAUGGAUAUACGAUCCAGAAAAUGCAGACCCAAAUGAGUUGCUACGGAAUGCAAAUGAGCCUUCACUAAUUUCUAUCGUACUUAGCAAGCAGUUGGCCAGUUGGGGACAGAGGCCUGCCAUAUAUACAUUUCUGAAGAGAAAAGCUUAUUUUCCACAUGGAAAAAUGAAUGGGACCUGGCGUAUCUCAAUACCACUGGUCGCAGAUGAUGCACUAAAGGAAAUUAAAGGAAAUAAAGUGGCUUUUCAGGAUUGCUUUAUUGAAGAUUAUCUUUUCCGGCUGACUUUUCCUUUGUUGACAAUACCUGAGAUUCCAGGAUUUUUACCAAUCACUUCACCGCAGGGUAGUCAAUUAAUGGCAGACUGGAUUGCUUGUUUACCUUCAGCUAUUGUUGUGGUAGCCGAUAUGGAGACCUUUCAUACAAACGAUUCAUUUCGUACUUGGACCAGAAUCAGAGUGCCUCCAAACGUUCUGACCGAUGAUGAAAGACACAAUGUGUCUGAUGUGAACCUAUCCUUGAAUGGAGUAUUUUUUCUAAUAAAUGGUAUUGUUUACUUAAAAAGUUUAACAGCAUUUACAAGGCUGGGAAACAAUGAAAACCUUCCUGAAGGUGGAAUUAUUGGCCUUGCAUCAAGAAAAUGGUGUUGGAGCAAAUAUAGAUUGAAGGUUAAACUAUAGGAUGGCAGGAGGAGCACCAUGGCGAUCUGGACAAGUGAUGAAAUUUAUCUCAGAUAUGCUUCUCCUAAAUUUGUCAAAUUAAUAACUACUAAAAAACUGAAAAAAAUUCUGAAUAUGUCAGCAGCUGCUGUUGUGACUAUUCACAAAGUUGAGUAUACAGGACACCCUUUGGAACUUGCCGUACUAUUAAAUUACUGUAUUACAUGUACCGCCUUUAAAAAAAUGUACAUAGUGAUAUAUAGCGAAGUUACAGAACAGUGGAUGCUCCAAGACUUUGUGUUAAAUGUCACGAUCGACAGUGUUAUAACUUCACGUUUUCUAUAUACAGCAAUGUCAGAAUUAAUACUAUGGGACAAACAUAGGGUCUACUAUUGUUAUCACAAUUUCACUGUUACUGGAGUUUUACAAACACCUACAGAAUUUGGAAAUCUAUCGAGAUUAUCACAUGACAGCGUUAUCAAUACCGUUUUUACAGAUUAUUAUGGAAAUAUCAUAGUAAAAAUGGAAAAUAAUAUAAUGUUUUUUUUCAAGACGUAUACUACGGAUGCAAUAAAGCUACAUUUAUGGAUAAAUAGUCAAACAAAAUCAUUCUUCUUCUUGAAUGCAUCUGGUAAAAUAUAUCUCAUAUAUGUUUUUGAUAAUGGCACAAUAUAUCCACAGGACUAUCCCUUAAGACUGGAAAUACAAAGUAUAGGUUCCAGAUCAAAAAGUACCGAAUGCCCCUUUAUUGUAUUUUAUCAUAAUAUUUUGUAUAUUUCUUACGUUUUGGACAAGGGACAUCACCUGUCAUUCUGGGCUCAAAUAGUCUAUCCAGAAAAUGCUGGUCUAUAUAUUACUAUGGAAUCAUAUGGCCCAAAUAUAUUAGAAGAGAAGUCUCAGGUUCUAUAUGAAAUUGCCUCAGGAUACUGCACUAAAACCAUGACAGUAACAUUUUUUCAGACAGUAAAUUAUGAGGCAGUAAAUGAUUACUUCGAGUUGCAACAGCAGAACACAGGUCUUCUGAUUGUUCGGGUUAGGCCUAGUGAAUAUACAAAAAUGUGUCCAGCAGCCCAAAAGGUGUUCCAAGUAGCUGUUGGCUGUGAUUUUAGUAAAUUCAUUGCUAUUAAAGGAUUUAAUAGGAAAAAAUGUCGUUGGCAUGAUUUCUUUUACAUUAUUCAAAAGUCAUAUCUGAGAAAUCGACCUUCUAAAAACUUGAGAGUAAAAUAUAAUUGGAAAAAAUAUGGCUGCCCAUUGAGACUUAAUUUCAGAGAAAAGUUUCACCCUGUGGUUCAAUUAUACAAUGACGAUGGCUACAUCGAAGAUGUUGAUGUAAAUUUCAUAGUGUGGGAAAUACAUGGCAGGAAUGACUAUAGCUUUAAUAAUACUAUGAAAACGAGUGGUUGUUUAAAUGAAGCCCAAACAUGGAAGUCAAUGCAUGAGCUUAACAAGCACCUCCCAUUAGAAGAUGCUUGGGGACCAGAGAACUAUAAGCACUGUUUUUCUUAUGCUGUUGGAAAACCAGGAGACUUAAAUCAACCAUAUGAGAUUAUCAACAAAUCUAACUAUAACCAUUUAGUGUGGCCGAUGCAGCAUACUGGAAUGUAUGUGUUUCGAGUGAAGAUCCUGGACCCAAACUAUAGUUUCUGUAACCUCACGGCCAUAUUUGCAAUAGAAAUCUAUGGAACGAUUUCCAGUCCAAAUGGCGACCUGGUUAUUGCUUUUCUCUUUCUCCUGAUGCUACUGUUCUUCAGUAUUCUAGUUUUGAGCUACUUCCAUUAUAUGAGGAUUUAUAGACAAUAUAUUUAUGCACCAAUUCACAAAACAAAGAGAAAACAACAGAAAAAUAACAUAAUUUUUUUUUUUUUACAUAAAGCGAUGUGUCUCUACAUAGAGACAAAUGAAAGGGUGAUAGUCACUAACCUUAAAAAUCAUAUAAUUCCAGAGGAUACUUGUUUUCUUGCUAUUGCUUCCCACCACGUUGAACUUAAACUAUUUAAUUGA